UCAGAAACAUCUUUAAUAUACCCUUCGUACUCUGGAAUACAUCAAACCGAGUCAUCGUUGUAAUCUUUUGAUAUUGCAGAAGCGUCUCGGCAGUGCACACAGCUUCACUUUCUCCGACGCUUGCAAUUCAAACAGCGUAUAUCGCCGACUCUCGAAAGCACGCAUUUAUCGGCCAGGACCCGAACGAGAGCACGGCGCAAUCCGUCCGGCUUACCGACCUCUCCCCCCGAAUCGAAUCGCGCACCAAGGACGACGGUACUGCGAUGACAGCGACGUCACUGCUGGAUCUCCACCAGAAGCAAGGCACGCGCGCGCUUCCUUCUUUCUCGGUCCAGGAGGAGCCAGGGGGGACUCGGUCGCACACGCAACGGUCCACCAGUGUGACGAUUUACAUACACGCUCACGGCAGCAGGGCGGCCGCACACACGCACAGGGACGGACGCGGAUCUCCUCCUCGCGGCAGGAAGAAACGCGGCGGACGAACCGGAGGAGUCACCCGUCGAUGCUCCGGGGUGGAAAAAAAUAAGCUUCUCUUCUCGCGGGGCGGCCCUUAUUUCUUUCUCGUCCUUUCCCUCUCUUGCUCAGUGAACUGCCCGGCGGCGGGGAGAAAAAAGAAAAUGAUUACCGCGGCGCCUGGGAGCAAAGCAGCGGCAGCACCGGACGCCCGUCGCGUAGAAGAGUAGUGUGCGCCGGUGGACGGCUUGGCGCUCGGAUACGGAUGCGCUUGGCCAGCUGCCGUCGCCGCAGCGACCACCACCGCGCUGGUCGUCGUCACCGUCCUGGCGCAGAACGGCCGGAACUCGAGUGCUCGCCUCGGGGCGGCAUUUAGCUGCCCGAAGAGGAGGCCCUGCGCGCACGCUGGUCCCGGCGGAAUAUGGGACGAGCGCGCGAUCGUCGGUCGCCGAUGAGACGGGGCCGCGACGGUGGGGACGCCGGUACGCGCCAACUCUCGCCGCCGCUGUCGAGGUUCCAGCUGAUGGCGAGGAGUGCUAAGCUUGGCGGCGCCGAUCGUGCGGUGUCCAGAUGCGGCGAGCAGCCGCCUCUGGAACGGAGACCCCGCCGGAGAUCGCCUCUUGCCGUGGAACUAGGAGACACAGGUGCGCUGCGCUGGUGCCUCGCGAUGGGCUUGUGUGUUCUUCUCUGCGCCACUUGCACCACAGGCGACCCCGACCGUUACUCGCAGGUCAAGGAGACGCACAACGGUACCUACCUGUCCCAGUAUGAGUGGCGGGUGCGCGACAUGUAUGCGCUGCUCCAACGCUCAUCCGUCAUGCACGGCGUCAACCUGGCAGGCCCCGACUUCUACACGGGCAAGCCCGGCUACCGGGUGCGGCUGGGACUGUCCUUCGGUCGGAUCAACCCAGCCAAUGGGAUACCCUACAUGGGCGUCUGGUUCACCAUCCUGCGCGGCCGCUACGACGACGCGCUCGAGUGGCCCUUCCAGUACCGCUUCAACAUCACCGUGGUCGACCCGUCGGGCUCGGGGCAGGACUCGCACGUCUCCAUGAACCCAAUGACGGCCAUCUGCCGGUUGCGCAAGCAGUUCCAGCGACCCACCGAGCGCCGCACUGACGGCGUCGAAGGGUGCGGCAAGUCGUUUCUCAUACCCCACAGCAAGCUCCUCGGGUACGUGGCCGACGACAGCCUCCUUAUGCGGCUCAGCAUAUUCCUAGAGGACAAGGGCGCCAUUCCCAAGAGAGCCAAAGCCUACAUGCGCGGCCACCAGCUCGUCUCCGAGUUCCAGUGGGCCGUCGAUGACAUCGACGCCAAGAUCAAGCAGGCGCGCAAGGGCGAGCUGCAGCCACUGACAAGCGACCUCUUCUACAUAAACAGCGAGAGCUACCUGAUGGUGCUCCAACUGACCUUCCACCCGGAGGACGAGCACCUGGGUCUCUUCGCCGUCGUUAUUCCCGGCGAGUUCGACGACUCGCUCGAGUGGCCGCUCUCGUAUAGCUUCGAGCUGUCCAUAGUGGACCAGUCGGCGGGCUUCCUGACCGCCGACCGCAAGGGUGUGAUUGACCCAACCUCUGGCGUGUGCCCGCUCAACGCGUUUACCAAGCCACAGUUACAGCCCAACACGCCGUGCGGUUUUCGCAAACUCGUCUCGUUUAGCGCCCUCGAGCGAAGCAAUUUUAAGAAGGACGGCAAGAUCCUGCUCCGCUUCACAGCAAUACUCGACCAAAUGCCGAACUUUGCUUCCGUAUCGGUGAAGGAUCGUCACCUAGUAGCCGAGUACGUCUGGAAAGUGCCCAAUGUGGAAAGGAAAAUCGCCCUCGCUAUUUCCGGCCGACCUUCCAACCUGCUCAGCGAACGGUUCUACACGAGGCACCAGGGCUAUCUUAUGCAGAUGCAGCUCAAGUUUCAAAAUUAUACCAACGGCAGCAUCGGCGCCUUCCUCACGCUUCUGGAAGGCGGCUACGACUCGCUGGCUCAGUGGCCCUUCGUGAAGCGGUUCGACCUCAUCAUCAUCGAUCAGCAGCACGGAAAGAGGGGCGACGACGUGGUGGUGGCUGUAGACCCAAAUAACCCUUACAUCAAGAAUGAAGCGUGCGUCGGAUCCUUCUGGAGGCCGUUCGGACGUAACGACGCGUGCGGGUCUUCGAGCGCCAUUUCUUACGACGAAGUGUACAAUCGCAAGUACAUCCGCUACGGAAGCCUCCUAGUCAAGGUCGUCGUCUACAUGGAGGAGAUAGAACCACCUAAUAUGGCGAGACUGGUGUUCCGCGACGACAGUGUCGUCGCCGAGUACGACUGGCUCGUCCCGAACAUAAAGGAAAAAGUGGCGCAAGCAAAGCUUGGCAACGCGCAGUUUGCAGACAGCGACAAGUUUUACCUGACCAAUGGAGGUUACCGAGUAAUGCUGCGUCUUUACCCUGAGAAGGCGUCCGGUUAUGUCGGCCUGUACGUGGUGUUCACGCGAGGUGCCUACGACGACGUACUCGAGUGGCCGUUCACGCACAAGUACGAAAUGGUGAUCGCCGACCAGAAGGACGACUCCUCGGCUGACAUAGUGCACACGACGUUUGCGGCGUCCGGCUGCCCGGACAUCGCGCUCCAGAAACCCGCCCAAGAGCUGGCCGAGUGGAGCUGCGGCGAGAGCCGCAUGGCGAGCCACGCGGCGCUCCUGAAUGGCGGUUACGUGCGCGACGGUGCCAUCCGUGUGCGCUUCCGCGUGUUCCUUAAGGAGUACGCGAGCCACGUCGCCUCCGUGGCUGUGCGGAACAACGCACUCGUCUCCGAGUACCUGUGGGAGCUGAAGGACGCGCCCGCCAAGUUGAACCUGCUCAAGAACGGCGGCUUCGCGAAGGUCGAGAGUCCCAUCUUCUACACGGGCAACCAGGGCUACGCCCUGAGGAUGAGCCUGGUACUCAACAAAGUGACGACGCCGCUACAGACUUUGGCCAGCAACGACGACCAGAGCGUCCUGGGCAUCUACUUCACGCUCUGGAAGGGCAGGCACGACGGCGUGUUGAAGUGGCCCUUCCCACACGUCAUCACGCUAGCCGUCGUCGACACGGCGAGGGGGCGGGCGGACCUUUCCAAGACCGUGGACCCGACGCACGCGCGGUGCCCGCCCGAGGCCUUCCACAAGCCAAAAUCCAUGCGCAACGAGCACGCGUGCGGGUUCUCUGCCUUCAUGGCGGUCGAACGACUCGGUGAUUACAUGCGCGACGGCUCGCUGGUGAUCAGGGCCACGAUCGACAUGAGAAGCUGACGGCCAGAGUGAAAUAGGCACUCGGAACUUCUUUCGUGCGUUGUGCCAUACCCAUGUCACAGUAGAUCUCUAAGUACGCGUAUGAGCUGAUAACAGACGGACGCAGCGUGUACUGCAGACCACAUAGACGAUGCGUUAAGAAAACUGUCAUGUGUAAAUCGAUCACUCGUCAUUCUUCAACGCCUCCUCCGGGAAGUUGUCAGGACGAUCUGGCAAAAUGACUGCGAAACUAGUACUUCACUGUGCCACCGGUGCGGUUGACUAUAGUCUCCUGAUCUCCAAUGUACUUUUGUGUGGCCACCGUGCAUAGUAGCCCGAGCAUUACAGCUAAAGCAAUAUGUCAGUUCUUGCUGUUGAUACAGGUUCCACGUGCGUCACUGUGUGCUGUGGCGCAAAUUCAUUUACUCACACAAGACCAUAAUAAGUCAAACGGACGUGCAGACACUAGCGCUACGUGCACGUGUUAUUAACGACAUCCACGAACCCACUUCCUUAAAACAUAUAGCACACUCUCAGACGCAGUCGCAAGAUGUAAUUCCGAACGGGCGCAAAUUCAGUACACCUAUUUGUUUUCACCACACGUCCGCAGCUGUGGAAUGCGAGCGCAGAGAGAAGGAAAAGUUUGAACUCAGUUGGCGCAACAUGAUCGCGAAGGAAUGGCAGAAGAAACACGCAGUAGGACGAGAUUCCGAUCCCACACGUGCUCAAAGAAGUGUACUGCGCCUAAAACAGCAGUACCGGGCUGCGAUAUGGCGCCGAGGAUGCCCAUCACUUUCUCCUUAUCUAAAGGAAUAUCUGAUUCUGCGAAGCAUUCAUAACUUCAUUACACAAUCUCAAGCAACUGAUCUAGCUCAAUUAAAAAUUUAAAAAGAACAGAAGACGGAAAGGGCGUUUGUACAUGCGCAACAUAACAAAAGUCAGAUAGCAUACAGAACCAUUAAGUGAUCGGCCCGCGUUCAUUGGCUGUACUGUAUACAAUCACACAUCCCUAAACGUGCAAUGUAAUAACGCUAAUACUGUCAGCCCCACUUACAUCGAACUGAUUCAUAAAGUUAAGCGCACAUCCUCGUCUAAUAUGAAAGGGAAUAUCUCGCCAGUGUUCGAACCGCGAUUCGUGUAAACGUAAAAGUCCGAACCUCACUCACUGGUAUUUGUUAUGUUGUUUCCCUGUUGAAGAAUCCUGCUGGGAACUUUUUCUCAUUACAAGCACACACAAGAAAAUCGCUAGCCUUGAACACAAAUACGGUGUCCCCUUUCAUAGUGGACAAAGUUGUACACGUAACCAUUCACCUUAGAAAUCAUGCUGCAACCAGAACUGCAACAACUUUUGGGGGCGUGUGGUUUAAGCCGAAAAAGUGCCAAUUCAAACAAAGCAAGAAAAUAUAGAAAAAGUAUGUACGCUGUUUAAUCACGCGGAAGUAAUCAAGGUACAGCACGGCGCUUGAAAAUGAAUUGCCUUCUUACGCUUGUCACCGUAUCCGCAUGGAUACCGGCACAUGCAAGUUAACGUAACCCUUUUGACAGCACUGGUAACACUUUGAGCGCAUCGGAUGUAGGGCGCUAUUCUGGACACGCAUGGAGUAACUUUCCUUCCUCCUUGCUCACCACUGUCAAAUUCCACAAUAUUGUCAAUUUCGAUGCCCAUUUAAAUCUCAGUUCUAAUUGGCUCAGAGGACUGCCGCGGCCUGUCAUUGGCUCAAAAUGCCAACAUGGUGGAAUUAGCACCAGUGUGGACCAUGGAAGCAUGCGCUCGCGUUAAGAAUGACCUAGUUAUAGUGCAGUUGCGAAAGCGCAGCAUACCAAUUUCUCAUUUUUGUCUAGAGUAACUUUGAAGUAACACAGCAAACCGUUUCCACAGUUAACACUUUCGUUACCAAUGGAAAAUGGCAGUUUUGUUUUUUUCAAGGAUCGAAUAUUCUUUUUUUUUGCUGUGACAACGCUUUAGCAUAUAAUGCAACAUUAUAUAUUGCGGAAUACUAAUUAGUGUUUCCAAAUACAUAAGCUAUAAAAAAGAUAAGAAAGACACAAAUAAGUAAAGAACAAUAAUUUGCGAAGCGGACAUGCUUGCGACAACUUGAAAAGACUACGAAAUCGAUAUAUCUAUGAGAAAAUUAGAAAAAAAAUCUGAAUAUAAUUUUCACAGAUAAAAGCUCCAAGAACACAAUACUAAAAAAUCAGUACAACUGUUUUUUGUCCAUAGAACAGAAAAAAGGUUAACCUUUCCGUGUCAUGCAGUUGACAUUUUCACUGCGACCGCAGUCACGGAUGGGUCAGAGUAGUUAUUCCCACUGUGUGGCUGUGCUGCCAUAAUUUUCUGCAGUGAGCUGGCGACAUUUUAGCUCAAUAUCAGCGGAGAAAAAAAAAUUUCCUUCUGAUUUGAUGUGUCGUGGAGCCCUUUCUCUGCACCUUGCGGAGGUUUCCAAGGAGCACAAGUCCCUGGUGACUCACAGGUCACGACGUACCAGAGGAAUAUGACAAGUGACCCACCGGUGUGUCAUCACGCACAGGAAUCGAACCUUCCAAAGGUCCUGCCGCAGUGAACUUGCUGAGCAGUUCCUCAAUUUCUUGGGGCAAACAUGUGGACUGUGCAUAUAUGGAAGCAAACAUUCGUUUUUUACUUGACCUUGCUCUUCAGAUAGUACAGCCUGAAGUUUCGCCUCUUCUGAAUUUUCCUAGGCUGGCGUUGAGGUUCUGGCACUGGUUUUCGAGCAGGAACGUUAUCGCGAUCUUCACUGGCGAACAUCGUGAAGAUGUCCAGUUGUGCGUGUUGGAUGCGCGGAAGGCCUUUUGAAGAGCGCUUAAGAGUAAUAAAAACGCUUACAGUCAAGA